AUCAGCAUCUUGACUGUAAAGAUUGUGCUACUAUUAUAGCAUUACAAUUACUUGCAUUAUUUGACACAAACUGAUUUAAGCUUCAGAUUUUUUUAUGCUCAUGCUGUGUUUCUGCCUGGGGGAAGGGCGAGACAGAUGGACUAACCCAUAUAAAAUCCCCCCCUUCUCGCUAAUCUCUCUGGGUAAAGAGAAGGAGGACUAUCAGAGAUCCAGCCUUGAUCGUCACCUCUUCUGGUACCAUUCACAGCCAUCAAACAGUUGACUGGAUACUAUUUCUGUCGGGUUUUCUGCGGUUUGAAGGAUGAACGUGUGCUUAGCUGGAGAUCUGUGAAGAUCCGCUGCUGACUCUUGGGUGAAGUUACCAGGAUCACAGGAGAAAUCUUUGGAAACUUCUAGAUUGCUCAGUAUUAACUGAAAUCAUCACAUUGUCAAACAUCAUCAAUCGCUCUUUGGAAUUUUGUAGAUUUGGUUUUGGUCGAGUCAAUCACACUAGCAGUCAUGUCGACUGCCCAGGUGAUCACCCGCAAAGGCGUCUACAACUACUUUCUCAACAUGGUGGCUUACCAGAUAUGUUGCUGCUGUGGUCCGGCUCCCUGCUCGCUGUGCUGCUCCUUCUGUCCACCCAUCAGGUCAUCCACAAGCACCCGUCUGAUGUACACUCUGUUCCACAUCAUAGCCUGCACUGUGUCAUGCCUCAUGCUGUCUCGUACUGUCUCUGAGGCUGUGAGAGAGAACGUGCCUUUUUUUAACGUGGUCUGUGAUGAGGCCCAUGGUGGAGGAAACUGUGACAUGUUGGUGGGAUACUCUGCAGUCUACAGGGUCUGCUUUGGCACAGCCUGCUUCUACCUGAUGAUGGCUUUUCUUCUUGUGGAUGUGAAGUCUAGCCAGGAUUUCAGAGCUCUCAUUCACAACGGAUUCUGGUUCUUGAAGUUUGUUUUACUGCUUGGGAUGGUCGCAGCUGCCUUCUUCAUCCCCACUGACUCUUUCCUGCAAGCCUGGCACUAUGUCGGAGUGGUGGGAGGUUUUUCUUUCAUCCUCAUUCAGCUCAUCCUCAUCACUGCUUUUGCUCACACUUGGAAUAAGAACUGGUUAACUGGCGCAGCUGAAGAUAAGAAGUGGUAUGUGGCAGUCAUGUGUGCCACCUUCUUUUUCUACACCAUCACCACUGCAGCCUUUACCUUCAUGUUCAAGUACUACACACACCCGGCUGCUUGCCAACUCAACAAAGUACUGCUGUUUACCAACCUGGGACUGUGCACAGUCAUGUCCUUCAUCGCUGUCACUCCCUGCGUCCAGCAAAGACAGCCACGCUCAGGACUGCUGCAGGCCUCCAUCAUCAGCUGCUACGUCAUGUACCUGACCUUCUCCGCACUGUCCAGCCGUCCACCUGAGAAAGUGCUGUACCAGGGUGUCAAUGUGACCGCUUGCUACCCGAACGUGGGCAGGGACGAGAUUCAAAACGAAGGAAAUGCUGUUGCUAUCAUCGGGGCUGCCAUUAUGUACUGCUGUGUGCUGUUUGCAUGUAACGAGGCUUCUUACUUGGCUGAAGUUUUUGGACCUUUCUGGAUGAUUAAAGUUUAUCGAUAUGAGUUCCAGAAAGCCACGUGUUGUUUCUGCUGCCUCGAACAAGAGGAAGCAAAAGAAGAGUUUGUAGUAGACAACGAGACCAAAGGCUGCCAGAAAGUGAUCCAUAACGAGAGUCACCGUGUGGCCUACAGCUACUUCUUCUUCCACUUUGUGUUCUUCCUCGCCUCCUUGUACGUCAUGAUGACCCUCACCAAUUGGUUCAGCUAUGAGACAGCGGUGUUGGAGACCACGUUCACACAUGGCAGCUACUCUACCUUUUAUGUGAAGCUGUCCUCAUGCUGGGCUUGCGUGCUGCUCUACCUCUGGCUCCUCUUGGGCCCUCUGUGCCACUGCCGCUCUGAUCCCAAACAGCCACAACGCUCACGGAUCAAAAGACGGAUGGCUUCCCAGUGCCAUGUGAGCGUCAGCGUGUGAGCUUUCCUCAGAUCCCACGGCGUCACAGGGUGCAGCUUAGAAAGAGCCUUUAUCUUAUCAAGAAAUGGGCCAGAAUUUUACUACAAGCAUUCUGAUGCUUCAGAAAAAUAACUGGACUCUAUCGAGCAUAAAGAUGAGGCUAGAACAAUUUAUAUGUUUACGAUCACGACGACCGAGCAGUCGCCGGUUUUGCCAAAAGGAAUUACAAAGGUGAACAAGAUACCUGUCCCUUUUUCAGAUAGGAAUAAUGUCCACUUUCUACACCUCGUCUAGUGGACUGCUGUUUAGAAGACAUCAGACAAUACCUGGCCCUGAUCUGUUCACGAGAACUUUAUAUAGUUUUCUUAACAAAAACUUUGAAUAACUAUUUAUGUGGAUGAUGUUAUUUGUUCUGUUACUUGCUAACGUUGUUGCUCAGUGAUCUGUUUCUGGCACAUAAGGCAGCCAUAUGCUGCAGGCAAUAGUUCCAUCCGGUUCCUGGGUGUAGUGUGAACGCAAGCUUUGAACUGUAAUCAUUUUACUAGACCUACCUAACCCUAAUUACAGGUUUAAUUUGGAGCAUUUUAUGUCACUGUCAUGAAAAACAAGCUAUUUUUUGUAAAUAUAUUUCUAACAAACCACACAUAAGCUGUUUUUGUGAAGUUAUUCAUGGAAAUGCCUUUAUAGGAAAAAAUAAUUCUUAUAAAGUGCAUAAGCUGUGUUGCUCUCCAUCCAUAUGUCAAUUCACAUCGUUUUUAUUGUACUCUGUUUUACCAAAAGAGCCCAUCAUUUUUGCUGCAGUUGUUUUCUCUAACACCAUCGUGUUUGGCCCAGAUGACCAUGGCAGUCAUGAAAGACUCCUGCCAGUCACAUCAGUAAUACAGUUUUGUGCCAAAUUCAGGUCAGUCAGCAUUGUCAGCAGAUUACAGACACAUUCUGGGCUGUUAGAACCCAGUUGCCUUCCAAGUUAACCCAUGAAGAUAGGAACAACAAACUUGUCAAUAGUUGGUUUAACCAAGAAGGUGAUCAUAAAAUAUGGAGACUACAUGAUCCAGCUGGAAUCUGUCCUAUAGGAUUUUCAUUAGUGAUGUGAGAACAAUUUGGCAAAACAACAAAAAAGCAAAACAUGUAUAUUGCACUCCUCUUACAUUGCUAUUCUUAUCUCUUCACUGAAAAAACAUUCAGCAUCGGAUUGUGUUUUUUUUUUAAGUAAAUGCUGACUGAAUGUAAAUCCGUGUUGCAUUGCAUUACACUUUAUUCAGUGUGUUGUAGUAAUGCCCCACUGAAAUGCAAUCACUGUCCAGUCACAGCUCUGAGCAGCACUUGGAGGUUGUAUUCCCCACUUUAGUAAAGAAAGUUUACCAUUACUGUGUUCAUGAGUGUUACUGUGAAUAUACAUGUUGAAUUUAAAUGUAUCCCUAAUGAUAAACGAUAUGAUGAUGAUGAAACCUUGAGUGAUACCAGAUGAUGUGAUUAUAAAUCAUUUCCUUUCUAUAACUGUACACUAUAUGAAGUCUGUGUUGUUGAAGUUAUGAAUUUUUCACUGAUAGAGACUUGGACUGCAAUUGUAGUCUAAAAAGCCAUCUCCAUGGUUUCUAAGUACCACCAUCCGUAGCAAUCCCAUGUAUCUCCAGACUAUCCAUGUGGAGUCAUUGUCAGCAGCAGCAAGCGGCCUUGAAGUAAUGAGACUCGAAACAAACGUGGGGCAUCAGUGUGGAUCAGGCAGGUCCAGUAUCAGUAGCAUGUGUAGAUCGACACAGAGAGCGAGAGAGAGCGAGAGAGGGUGUGGGUGGGUGGGAGACAGAGAGAGUGUGAGGGAGGAAGGGAGAGAGAGAAAGAGAGAGAGAGAGAGAGAGAGAGA